UCAUGACAGUUACAUUAGGGUCGGCAACCUUUCUAGCCUAGCCUUUUUUUGUCUGUAUGUACUCCGAUGUGCGCGAAAGCUACGCCCAUUUAUCUUAUUUUUCUCCAAUACUUGUAAACCCUUUGUAAAAUUAUUCGUUAUCGUCGCAAUGAAGCUGCGUUUCAUCGUUAACGAGGAGUAUCAGAAUCACGGUUGUUUUCCCUGCCUAUACGUGCGCUAAACUAUAUACUGGGGGAGGCGUAACGCGACGUACACACAUACACAGAGAGAUAUACCUUGGAUACCGACUGAUACGACAGCUGACACUGCUGGUCUUUCCGAUCUUCGACUGAAGUAGAAUAGCAGAUAAAGCGCAUCCAGCCCCACCAUGGAACUUUGUACCUGAUCUCUGCACGACCUUCUGGUGACGAGCAAAGCUCCCGAUCCGCACACAGAAUUUGAAGUGGUUUUUUCGCUUUCUUCGACCGAACCUCUCGAUCCCGAGGCGAAAAAAAGGGUUUUGCGAAGAUGUCGGGAAACGGAGCCUACUGUUCGCCGUCGCGCUCGUCGCUGAGCUGCUGUCAGGUCGAGAACAGCAGCCAAAACGACGUGAACGAGGUGUGCGCCAACGGCAAUGCGCAGCUCAACAACAACUACUUUGUGCAGGAGAAGCACCAGUUUCCCAAGAGGCCGGAGGUGGAUCUGCAGUUUCGGGACAUCACCUACCGCGUCAGAUCGUGGAACCUCAAGACUCUCAAGCCAGCUACGAAGGAGAUCCUGCACGGCGUGAGCGGAGAAUUCCGGGCCGGCGAGCUCACGGCGAUCAUGGGCCCGUCGGGCGCUGGCAAGUCUACUCUCCUCAACGUGAUGGCCGGAUUUACGGUACAAGGUAUGGGUGGCGAGAUCCUCGUGAACGGAAAGACGAGGACGGCCAACAGCCAGAGCUGGCGACGCACCUCCUGCUACAUCCAGCAGUACUCGCUGCAACGCACCAAACUCACGGUCGGCGAGGCGAUGACCCUCGCGGCCCAUCUUAAGCUUGGCUCUAGCAUCAGUUCCGGCAUCAAGCACACGCAGGUCUUGGAGCUGCUCGAAAUUUUAGGAUUAAGUCACUGUUACGACACGCUGUGCGGCAAAUUAUCCGGGGGCCAGAAAAAACGGCUCGACGUCGCUCUCGAGCUGCUCAGCAAUCCUUCAGUAUUAUUCCUCGACGAACCCACGACAGGUCUCGACUCGGCGUCUUGCAGCCAAUGCAUAGCCCUUCUGCGACGACUUGCCCGCAUCGAGCGUCGCACGGUAGUCUGCACGAUCCACCAGCCCAGUGCCCUCCAAUUCGAGAUGUUCGACUCGCUGUACGCCCUCGCCGCUGGACACUGCAUCUACAACGGCCCCGUCGGCGGUCUCCUGCCGCACUUUAACUCCCUCGGCGUGCACUGCCCCCCUUACCACAAUCCUGCCGAUUUUCUUUUGGAAGUGGCGAUCGGCGAUUACGGGAUCACGACCGACAAACUGAUCGCGGCGGUGGACAAGUGCAACGAGAACCAGAAGACGAUCGCCCCGCCCAUCAAGCCGCUCCUGGAUUCCAAACCUAAAAAAGUCGAUAGCAGCGAAGAAGACGACCAGCUGAGCAAAGAGGAGCCACCCCCGGUGCCCGCGAGCUUCUUGUACCAGUGCUACCUGCUGUACAAGCGCCAACUGAUGAGCCUGAAGCGCGACUACUUCCUACUGGCGGUCCGAUUGAUGUGUCACCUGCUGAUCGGUAUAAUAUUCGGUUACCUAUACAUGGGCAGCGGCUACCGGGCGAACGGCGUGCUCGCCAACUACGUAUACCUGUACGGCUCGCUGCUGCUCCUCGUCUACACCGGCAAAAUGGCAGUGACGCUGGCCUUUCCACUGGAGAUGCAGAUCCUGUCGAGGGAGCACUUCAACCGCUGGUACAGGCUGGCGCCCUACUACAUAAGCAUGCUCCUUAUCGAGGUCCCGUUCCAGGCUGCCUGCGCGGCCACGUACCUCGCGGUCAGUUACUGGCUCACCGGCCAGCCCCUCGAGGCCGAGAGGGUAUUCAUGUUCAUGAUCGUGAGCAUCGCGGCGAGCUUGUGCGCCCAGGCGUGGGGCUUCUUCAUCGGCGCGACCACUCCGGUCAAGAUUGCCGUGUUCGCUGGGCCGAUCAUAGCCGUGCUCUUCUCGGUGUUUGGCUUUUGCAUUCGUUACUACGACACACCCAAGGGCUUUCGUUGGAUAUUCCACAUCUCGUACUUCCGGGCGGGCUUCCACAGCCUCCUGAUGACCGUCUACGGCCACAACAGAACUAACCUCUACUGCGAACAGUUGCCCGACGAUCUGAGCUACUGCCACUACAUGCAGCCGACCAAGUUCCUCAAGGAGAUGGAGAUACUCAACACUAACGUCGUUGAGAAUCUGACCCUCAUCGUCAGCAUGGGUGUGCUCAUGCAUCUGCUCACGGCUAGCGCCCUCUGGUGCAAGCUCAAUCGCCGGUGAGCUCAGCGAGUGAGUUACCGCAGGUUUUUUUUUUGAACAAUUUUUUGCUUGCCUAGUGUAAAUUUUGUACAUAUACAAAGUGCCGUCGGAGUGGAGAAAAGCGAGAGUCGAGUUUUUUGUUUUCAACCUUACUUUUAACGAGCAUGAGUGACUUUUUUAUGAAUUUUUAUUGCGAGUUUCGUUUUUCAGUCUACUGGUGUGUGUGCGUGUGUGUGACUUUUCGAGAGUUUCGAUACAAACAGGUUUUUCCGAUCGUUACCACUGUUAGGACUUCCUUAUUGUUCCCGAUAAAUUUUUAAUGGCCUUUUUUUCAUGUGCGUUAAAUUAUGUAAGUUUGAACCCUGACACAGAGUUUUGCGCUCUAUUUUAUUGAUGGCGCAAAGAUUACUAUUUAUUAUACCUAAGGUGGUAUGCAUAGUUACAGAAAAUCACCAUAGAAAUCAAUUGAAAACGAGAGGUUGAAUUUUUGUACAGCAGCGUUGGUCGUUAUUUUACUGUAUGAUUCUGGAUAGAAGAAGAGUAAUUAAGGUUCUUCUUCAACAAUCAUACUCUCCAGCUCUCUUUACUUAUGUAUACAUAGAUAUUUUAUAGCUAUUGUAAAAAUUUGUUGAUAUCGUACUAUAAUGUGUUUUUUGUGGCGACAGCUUUGAAUUAUUGGCGAUUAUUCUAGUUCAUAAGGUAAAAACACAUCAUUCGUGAUUUGUAUUGUAAAUUAUCGUCUUGUAGUUUUUUGACAACACUUUAUGAUUAUUAAUAUGUGUAAAUAGAAAAGAGAAGUGAUGUCUUAAUCGAUUUUUUUAAUAUUAAUGAUAAAAAAGUGAAAAUAUAAAGAUUGGGAAAACUAUGGAUUUUUAUGAUAUUCUACAUUUAUCUAAAAUCAAUUAGAAUAUUAAUACACGUUUGUAAGAUUUAUUUUUCUUUCUUCAUUUAAAUAAUUAUCCUUAGAUUUUGCGCGAUGUGCAAGUAUUUCAGUAUUUAUCAUGAGUUAAAAAUAAUUUCUAUGGUUAAGGACAAAAUAUCUCGUGGACCUUUUCAUUUGCCGCUUGUUAUACUUAUUAUAGAAAAAGUAAAAUAGAUUUUGACUUUAAGUUAUGAGAACUUAAAAAUUGUAAAUUAAGGCUCGAAAGAGAUACUUGUCAGAAUGUAUUGGUGAAACAAGUUAGUAAAGUACUAGUCGUAAAUUAAUCAAAAAAUUGUAUACUACGUAGAUGCGUAAGUGAAUUUUCUGGGUUUUAUCAAACCUUUUUGUAAUUACUGAAUAAACUUUUAAAUUAUUUGAUAGUAAAAA